AUGAACGAAUUCUUUCCCAAUACAGUCAUCCACCCAUCUGUCAAGAUUGGUCAAAGGUGUCACAUUGGUGCAUUUAGUACCGUAGGAAAAGAUGUUGUCAUUGGUGACGAGACGUCGAUUGGCACCAACGUGACGUUGCAGAAUUGUUCCAUUGGUAACAAUGUGAUGAUUCAUCCAGGAACUCGGAUAGGUCAAGAUGGAUUUGGAUUUAUGCUCAAUGAUAGUGGUAAACACACGAAGAAGCCUCAGGAUCGGAGUGUAGAGAUCCACGAUCAUGUUGAGAUUGGUGCCAAUUGUACCAUUGAUCGUGGAAGUUGGCGUGAUACGGUGAUUGGUAAAGGCUCCAAACUCGACAAUAUGAUUCAAAUUGGCCACAAUGUACAGCUUGGAAUGAACUGUGUCAUUGCCGCACAGACAGGGAUUGCCGGUAGCACAACGCUGGGCAACAAUGUGUGCAUUGGCGGACAGGUGGGAGUGGCACAGCACCUAACGAUAGGAAAUAACGUUAGAAUUGCCGCGAAAAGUGGUGUCAUGAACAAUUUGGACUCGAAUUCGAUCUAUGGUGGAAGUCCUGCAGUUCCGAUCAUGGAGUAUCGCCGGCAAAUGGUUCAUUUGAGGCGUCAAGGCAAGAAACGAACCGGCUAG